AUGGAGGAGGAGUUGAUCUGUGGAGCCUGCAACAUGGUGUUUCACUCCAGUGAGCUGCUCGGGAAACAUACAGCACUGUUCUGCAUCGGUAGCGAGGUCAACGGUGGAGGUGUGGACCCUAAACAGACGAGAACCCCUGAUCUUGGUCAGAUGAGGGGUCAGAGGAGGAACGUCAUCAGGCGGAGGAGUGUUGACGCCGAGCCAAAGGCAGGAAAAGCAGAAGACAAAGCAGCGAGCAGUCAGACGGACGGAGCUGCUGUGCGAAAUCUGACUGACGAGGCGAGUGGGUGUCAUCUGGGUCACAGUGAGAGACUGAGGGAGAUGAGGGAAAUGGCGACGCUCCACGAGCGACAACUGGCCCUGAUACAUGCUCACAACCAGCAGCUGGAGCAGCAAAGAGAUGAGCUGGCCCAGCAGGUAAGUGUCCUGUCUGAGCAGAGCAAUGCAACUCACCUGGAGAGUCUGCUGAUGGAGCUGAGAGAGCAGGAGGAGAGGAACGAGGAAACACUGCAACAACUUGCUGAACAUCUCCAUGCAUUACAUGUGCAAAAGGUCCCUGUACCUGCUGAUCAGCCAGAUCCAGGCAAGAACAAAAAGAUGCAUCAUGACAACUACGAGCUCAUUUCCUCUGUAGCCGGCCCUCUCUCUACCCAGAUAAAAGCCUUGCAACAGGCAUACGUCCAGUCAGGUGGGUCAGAUCCAGUCAUUGUGGCACAGAUGAUUGACCUGCAGGCACAAGCCCAAAGUCUGGAGACGAACCAACCAGCAGCGUCCACCAAGGCCAGGAAGAAGAAGUUGAAGCCUCGUCAGCGGUGUCCGAGCCUGGAGUUGCUGGUUUUGGAGCAGGAGAACCAGAGGCUGGAGGAGGAGAUCCUCAGGAUCCAGCUGGCCAGAGAGAGAAACCAUGACUAUGAAGCAGCAGCGAGGACUGAGCUCGGGCUGAUUCAGAGGGAGAAUCUCCAGCAGCUUUCCAGUUUACAGGCAGAGAUGGAGAGAGGCAAAGAAGCUCCCUGGCCCUGGAGACAGCCUCCUCCUCCACCUCCACCUCCCCGUCCACUCCCACUCCAAACCAAGACUCACAUUCAUGCACCUCUUUCACUGGUGAGGUCCUGCUCCUCUCUGUCAGGAAGAGGCAAGAUGGACCCACUGGACUCUCUGGAUCCAGCACCCUACGACCCAGCAGCUGGUUUUGUGGUUUUCUUUGACCUGGUUCUGGGACUUGAUGCCUCUCUGAAGGCGUUGCGUCUGGUAGCAGCUGUCUACUCAGAGGGUCUGCAAGUGGGACCUCCGACUCCGCUGCCCCCUGUCCAGUGCCUUCGGGGAGUGUCCCUGCCUUACAGUCACAGCCUCACCCAUGGAAACUGUGCACUCCUGUCAGUCAAACAGCCUGCACCCAGGAUCCAGCCAUCACCCUCCCUCUGUCUGGUGGUGGAGGUGCAGGCAGCAAGCCAUCUGGAUGUUUAUAACCAGGAGGUCUUCAAAAUGGCGUCCUGUGGCUGGAUACAACUGGAACUCUUUGAUCAAUACAACCAGCUUCGUAGCGGCCACUGGAGGGUGCCAGUGCGCAGGCUGCCUAUUAAACCUUCACUAAGCAUUGCCCAGCUCAACUCAGUACCCCAGGUGGGCAACAUGGAGCUGUGUGUACGUUUGGUCAAUGGUCGAGAUGGAGACGUGCAGACCCUUGCAAAGCCUGACCCGACCAGCACGGGGCACUAUAAAUACCCAGCUGUGGUGUCCCCUCUCGCUGCAACUGUCCACAGAAAUGCAGCUCUGCCGGUUUCAGCUCCACAGCCCACAGGAGCAGAUGAGCUCUCCUCCCUGCUGACCUCGACUGAUCUCAGAGACCCUCCACCCACAGAUGAAGCCAGUCAGAGUUGA